AUGCAGAGGGACUCUGUAGAACACAGAUGGACACCAGAGGAGGCAGAGGUCCAUGAGAAUUUCAGAUCCACACUGAAGAGCAAGUUUCAGCAUCUGGUUGAGGGAAUACCUAAUCAGGGAGAAUCCAGACUCCUCCAGGAGAUCUACACAGAUCUCUACAUCAAAAAGGGAGGAGGAGGGGUCAAUGAUGAACAUGAGGUCAGACAGAUAGAGAGAGCAUCUAUUACAAAAGCAUCUUGGGGAGAAGCAUCACAAGAUAGACCAAUCAAAUGCAGUGACAUCUUUAAUCCCUUAUCUGGACAACACAAACCCAUCAGAACAGUGCUGACAAAGGGAGUGGCGGGCAUUGGGAAGACAGUCUCUGUGCUGAAGUUCUGCCUGGACUGGGCUGAAGGACAUGCCAAUCAGGAUGUCCACUACAUAUUUUCUCUUCCUUUCCGAGAGCUGAACCUGAUGAAGGACAAAAGAUUUAGUCUGGUGGAGCUUCUUCAGCACUUUUUCCCAGAAAUAAAAGAUUCCAAAAUCUUCACCAGUUCAGAGCACAGAGUUAUGUUAAUCUUUGAUGGUCUGGAUGAGUGUCGACUUAAUCUAGAUUUCUGCUCCAACUUGAGAUGUUGUGAUGUGACAGAGCCAGCCUCAGUGGACGUGCUGCUGACAAACCUCAUCAAGAAGAAUCUGCUUCCCUCUGCUCUCCUCUGGAUCACCACCCGGCCAGCAGCAGCCAAUCAGAUCCCUCUUAAGUAUUUGGACCAGGUGACAGAAAUAAGGGGAUUCAAUGACCCACAGAAAGAGGAGUACUUCAGGAAGAGAAUCAGUGAUGAGAACCUGGCCUGCAAAACCAUCACACACCUGAAGUCAUCCAGGAGCCUCUACAUCAUGUGCCACAUUCCAGUCUUCUGCUGGAUUUCAGCCACAGUGGUAGAGAGAGCAUCAGUUGAAUCAGACCAUCUAGAAAUGCCAAGAACUCUCACUCAAAUGUAUACUCACUUCCUGAUCAUUCAGACUUGCAUCAAAAAAGAAAAAUACACAAAGAGAAAAGAGACAGAUGAAGAGAUGAUUUUCAAACUGGGCAAACUGGCUUUCCAACAGCUGGAGAAAGGCAAUCUGAUUUUCUAUGAGGAUGACCUGAGAGAAUGUGGAAUUGAUGUCACAGAAGCAUCAGUGUACUCAGGAGUGUGUACUCAGAUCUUCAGAGAGGAGUCUGGGCUGCACCAGGGGAAGGUGUUCAGCUUUGUGCAUCUGAGCAUUCAAGAGUUUCUUGCAGCUUUAUAUGUGUUCCUCUGUUUCAGAAACCCAGAGAGAAGCAUUUCUGACCUACAGCAAGCCACUCCGCUCGCUACUCUGUUCGGAGCUGCAACACUGCAUGAUCUACACAAGACUGCAGUGGACCUGGCCUUACAGAGUAAGAACGGACACCUGGACCUUUUCCUCCGCUUCCUUUUGGGCCUGUCACUGGAGUCCAAUCAGAAUCUAUUAAUGCACCUACUGCCACAGACAAUAUGUCAACCACAGAGCUCAGAGCAAACGGUCCAGUAUGUCAAACAGAAGAUCAGAGAUGAAGAUGAUUCAGACAGAAAGAUCAACCUGUUCUACUGUCUGAAUGAGCUGAAUCGUCAUGCUGUAGUGGAGAAGAUUGACAGGAGCUCUGGAACUCUAUAUGUAGUCAUGCUCUUACCAGGAGAGUGGAAGACUAGGAGAUUCCGGGAGCAGCUGGAUGAGUUUGACCUGCAGAAGUACAUAAAGACACCAGAGACUGAUCAGACUGAACUCCUCAGUCCAGAUGAAGUUCUUCAAGGGCUGGUGCCAGUGGUCACAGCAUCCACAUCAGCUAAGCUGCUGUAUUGUUCCCUCACAGACAAGAGCUGUGCUGCGAUAGCGUCAGCUGGCAGAUCAAACUCCUGCAGUUUGAAGGAGCUGAACCUGAGUGGCAAUGAGCUUCAUGAUGCAGGAGUUCAGCAUCUCUCAGAGCUCCUCAAGAAUCCCCACUGCAAACUGGAGAAACUAGGGCUGAUGAGUUGUUCCCUCACAGAGAAUAGCUGUGCUGCGAUAGCGUCAGCUGCCAGAUCAAACUCCUGCAGUUUGAAGGAGCUGGACCUGAGUGGCAAUGAGCUUCAUGAUGCAGGAGUUCAGCAUCUCUCAGAGCUCCUCAAGAAUCCCCACUGCAAACUGGAGACACUAGUAGUGGAUGGUCGUACCUUCCUAAAGGAGAGUACAGCAGCAGCAGCAGCCUCUGCUAGCAGCUCCCACUCAGAUGCUGCAGAGCUGCACCUCAGAGACAAAGUCCAGCAGGACCCAGGAGCACAGCUGCUCUCUCUGGACACUCACACGGAGGAACACCUCAUUGAUGCCCCACAGAGGAGCUGUGAAUCCUGUGCUGAAGUUCCAGACUCCAGCCACUGGGUCCUGUUGAAGCCUGAAGUCUCCACAGAUGAGAGUGUCUCCACCUAUAGCCUGAGCUCUCCUGCAGGGAGGUAUGAGUGCUCAGAGUCUGGUCUGCGCUGGACAUGUGAUGGUCCAGUCACCCUGCAGUACUGCUUCAUGGACUGGCAUGUCUUUGCUGAAGAGCUGGCCCACAUGCAGUCCAGACCAGCUGGUCCUCUGAUGGACAUCAGGGUCAUGUCAGGAGAGCUGGAGGAGAUCCACCUGCCACAUUUCCUCUGUUUGGGGGGUUUUGAGGCGUCUGUGGGUGAUGCUGUGAGGGUCCUGCAUGGGCGGGAGAGUGGAGUGUGUGUGGAGGUGUGUGAGCUGACCCGACACCAUGCCAGGCUUCUCCACCCCUCCUUCUCUCUGUUAGGGCUGGUGUAUUACCUGAAGGAUCUGUUUUCUUCCAAAGUCCACUGUGAGCUGCUGCUCUUCUGCACCUGCACCGCCUCCUCUGGUUCUCCAGGCCUACCUGGUGCCGACCCACCAACGACCCAGCUCACAUCCGGGCCAUCCUCCAGAAGGAUGUGGGAGAAGGAGAAGACAGGGGUGUGGAUCGACAAACCCCGGCCUUGGGCUCACUCCGAGAGAUGGACACCUUUUGUGUGA